GACUGAAACAGAUGUCCCAAGCUUACUCUCAUAUCGAACCAGAGAAAGUCUGGACACCUCCUGCUGCCAGAGAGGAUGCUGUAGAGGAGCAGAUACAUAUUAUAUAAGGUACUUCUAAAAACUUAAGAGCAGAAAGUCGAGAUGACGGCCAUUGAGAGCAAAGAGGAGAUCAGUGACACUGACAGUGGGAUUAUUGUGCACUCUGGUCCAGACAGCCCUACGUCCCCGGUGAAGGAGCUGACCACCCACACCAGAGCCCUGAAGCUGAAGCACCAGUCUCUGGAGGAGCGUCUAGAGCUCUGCCUGCUGGAGCUCAGGAAGCUCUGCAUCCGGGAGGCAGAGCUGACUGGGAAACUGCCCUCAGACUAUCCUGUGAUGCCCGAUGAGAAGCUACCCCGGGUCAGAAGGAGGAUUGGAGCUUCCUUCAAGCUUGACGAAGGUCUGAUCCAUCUGGAUAAACAGGAUUCAGAGCUGCAAGUGCUGGAAACUGACUUGGCUCUUCAGCGGCAGAUUUAUGAGGCGGCCCGCAAACUCUCCCUGGAGGAGAACCUAAGUAAACCACAGAAGAAGAGCAGGCUGCAGCAGUGCAAGAGGGUAGAGAAGAAGGUGAAGGAUCUGCAGGAGGCCGUGUUCCAGCACAGGAUCAAGAGCGAGUGCAACUCACCGUGCAUCAGCAUCUCAAACAACCAAAACAGAGAUCUGUGCAUGUCUGAUGACAGUUCCCUGUCUGAUGUGGUGGCCCUGGAUGAUGAUGUGGACCCACCCGGCCCUCUCUCUCCUCCAGUGUUGGGCACUUCCUGUUCAGACCCCCUCCAGCUGUCAGCCACAACUCUUCAGUCAUCCCAGCAGUCAUCAAGCCAGCUCAGUGUGGAGCAUGAGCGCUCUCCCAUCCAGAACUCUCCGUGGAAAGAGUCCAGUCUGGAUCAGCCUUACCAGAAGACCACAAACCCCCAGUCUGCUAGCAGCAGCAGGUCCAGUAGUCCAGCAGGAACCCAGGUGUCUGCAGAGAGCAUAAUUCCUCUGUCUCAGUUUAUAAAGAACGCGGCUCUGCGUCAGAACCACUCCACCAGCGCCCCCUCCACCCCAGAGCUGCAUGUACGCCGACAGUACUCCCAGUCCUUCAGACUUCCCAAAAGUAAGCCACCUGCUGACAAGGAGCGCCUCAGCUCAGAGAACAAUCAAGGGCGAGCCAGGCUGCCGCAGCGACGCUGCAUGGCUGACUUCAUGGUGCAUUCUCCAGAGUACUCUCCCUUGCGCCCUUACCAGUCCAGCUCGGAGGACAGCAGCUCGGAGCACUCGUCCUCUUCCUACGUUAGCUCUCCUGGCAGGGACGGACCCACUGAGAUCCCAAAGCUCUGUCCGCCCCCUUACGGAUUCCACUUGGGGGCACAAAAGAAAGGGCUCUCCAACUUCACCAGCUCACACAAGAACAUCAACCAGUCCCAGCCCAGUCCGGGCUACGUCAGGCCAAUGGCAGAAGAUUGCCCCCUCUCCCCUCAAGACCUGGACAUGGGAAAGUGCUUCCUUUCCUCCCCUCCUGCGGCACACAGCCCUCGGCAAAGACAGUGGCAGGAGGGAGCAUUGUCCCCGAGGGGAAUCCUAAAGCCCCCUCCGCCUUACACCAGGCUGGUGCGAACGCCCUCACUGAAGGAGUAUCCGAACCACGCCAUCAGGCUGAUGCCCAGGGACAUCGUGUCAGAGGAGUUGAAGUCCUGGCAUCAGAGGAAUCAGAUGCAGAAGUUUCGGCCAGGCUGCGUGGAUCAGCAGAGCUUCCUGAGUGUCAAGAGCCCCACUUCACCUCAUCUGCCUCCAUUUAAACAGGGUUUGGGUAAUGUGAUUCUCCAGAGAGCUGCAGACGGGACUCCAGUCCAGUGGUUCGUUGCAGAGGACGCUGAGAUCGUGAGCCAAGUGUAACUGAACCCUCUACUACUCUGUAGUAUCUUCAGUAGGAUGGGUGUUAUUCCUCUCUUCCUUAUCUCUGUAUUUAUUAAGGCUUUUGACUCUCUGUGAGAUUGUAUGUUGACAUGAGAAGAUUAGCACAUUUCUCUCUCUUCUUUUAAUUUAAAACGUAAUGUAAGGUGGUAUGCCACUUUUAUUUAUUUUAAAUUGUUUUCCAAUAGAUGUUUCUAAAAUUUCUGAGGUGAAUUUAGGUUCAUACAAAACAGAUUUAGAACACAUUUGCUGUAGUUUCAAGAACUUCUUCUGUGUCUGGUACACAUUUUGCACAUGAAAUUCAUCUACAGUAGUUUUCAAAUAAGUUUCUCCAUUCCUAAUAUAAUUUUUAAUGUUAUACUAUUUUUAUCUGCUAAUGAGAAUUUCAUCUUUGCAACAUGAAGACUUAUAACUAAAAUGUUGAUACACCUUUGAAAAUGCAUUGCUCUUCUUUAUAUAUAUAUAUAUAUAUAUAUAUAGGUCAAAUUUAACAUCUAGCCAUGACGUGAAGUGAGCUGAAUCUUAACGUUAGCUACUAACUCUUAAUAAUUAAUCACUGAUGCCUUAAAUGGUGGUUUGAUGAAUGUUUUCAUUGCAGUAUGGAGUUUUCUUACUAACCAAGUGAUUGUAUCAGUUUUGAUAUGUUUUUGUAUAUUUAUAAUAAAAAAUUACAGCUGU